AUGAAGAGAAAUCGACGCGACCACGUGCAAACACGUUCAAGCAUCUGCCCCGUUCCACCGUCACGACUCGCAAUCCUGCAGCCCAGUGAAAUUACCCAAGUGCCGCGCUCUCGUCUUUUACGCAGAGCGACUCGCGUUACAUCCGUCUUUCCCUCCGAGUUCCCUUCCCUCGUUCUACCCUCCCUCCACUCGCACUGCUUCCCCGCUUCCACUCGCGCUGCUUCAUCGCAUCCCUCGCGCUGCAUCCCCGAUUUCCCUCGCGCUGCUUCCCCGCUUCCCCUCACGCUGCUUCUCCGCGUCCCUCACACAGCUUCCCCGCUUCCCCUCGCGCUGCAUCCCCGCUUCCCCUCGCGCUGCUUCUCCGUGUCCCUCGCAUUGCAUCCCCGCUUCCCCUCGCGCUGCUUCUCCCGUGAAACAAAGCACUCCGCUUUCCACUUCCUUCCUCCCAUCCUACCAGCCGCCAAGCCUAAUCAACUCCUUUGUACCCUCCCAUUCCUCCCUUUCACCUUCCCAGUCGUUCAUUUCACCUCCUCACCCCAAUUGCCCCUUCCAAUCACUGCAGCGAUCCGUUUUGGCAAUGCCUUUUUCCCCCUCCUCACUCUCUCCCCCCCUCCUCAAUCUGUUUCCUUUGCGCACUCUCCUUCCGUUUCCUCACUCUCUUUCCUCUUGCUCACUCUCUUUCCCCUUGCUCACUAUGUUUCCCCCUCCUCACUCUCUUCCCCAUGCCCACCCUCUCCCCCCCUGUUCAAUCCCUUUCCCCAUGCCCACCCUCUCCCCCCAUGUUCAAUCCCUUUCCCCAUGCCCACCCUCUCCCCCCCUGUUCAAUCCCUUUCCCCAUGCCCACCCUCUUCCCCCCUGUUCACUCCCUUUCCCCAUGCCCACCCUCUCCCACUCUGUUCAAUCCCUUUCCCCAUGCCCACCCUCUUCCCCCCUGUUCACUCCCUUUCCCCAUGCCCACCCUCUUCCCCCCUGUUCAAUCCCUUUCCCCAUGCCCACCCUCUCCCCCCAUGUUCAAUCCCUUUCCCCAUGCCCGCCCUCUCCCCCCCUGUUCAAUCCCUUUCCCCAUGCCCACCCUCUUCCCCCCUGUUCACUCCCUUUCCCCAUGCCCACCCUCUCCCACUCUGUUCAAUCCCUUUCCCCAUGCCCACCCUCUUCCCCCCUGUUCACUCCCUUUCCCCAUGCCCACCCUCUUCCCCCCUAAAAGCACAAGGGAUGAGGGGUGAGGAGGAAUGGGAUGAGGAGGAAUGGGGUGAGGAGGAAUGGGGUGAGGAGGAAUGGGGUGAUGAGGAAUGGGGUGAGGAGGAAUGGUGUGAGGCGGAAUGGGGUGCGGAGGAAUGGGGUGAGGCGGAAUGGGGUGAGGAGGAAUGGGGUGAGGCGGAAUGGGGUGAGGAGGAAUGGGGUGAGGCGGAGUGGGGUGAGGAGGAAUGGGGUGAGGAGGAAUGGGGUGAGGAGGAAUGGGGUGAGGAGGAAUGGGGUGAGGCGGAAUGGGGUGAGGAGGAAUGGGGUGAGGCGGAAUGGGGUGAGGAGGACUGGUGUGAGGCGGAAUGGGGUGAGGAGGAAUGGGGUGAGGCGGAAUGGGGUGAGGAGGAAUGGCGUGAGGCGGAAUGGGGUGAGGAGGAAUGGGGUGAGGCGGAAUGGGGUGAGGAGGAAUGGGGUGAGAUGGAAUGGUGUGAGGCGGAAUGGGGUGAGGAGGAAUGGGGUGAGGCGGAAUGGGGUGAGGAGGAAUGUGGUGAGGCGGAAUGGGGUGAGGAGGAAUGGAGUGAGGCGGAGUGGGGUGAGGAGGAAUGGGGUGAGGAGGAAUGGGGUGAGGAGGAAUGGGGUGAGGAGGAAUGGGGUGAGGCGGAAUGGGGUGAGGAGGAAUGGGGUGAGGCGGAAUGGGGUGAGGAGGACUGGUGUGAGGCGGAAUGGGGUGAGGAGGAAUGGGGUGAGGCGGAAUGGGGUGAGGAGGAAUGGGGUGAGGCGGAAUGGGGUGAGGAGGAAUGGGGUGAGGCGGAAUGGGGUGAGGAGGAAUGGGGUGAGGAGGAAUGGGGUGAGGAGGAAAGGGGUGAGGAGGAAUGGGGUGAGGCGGAAUGGGGUGAGGAGGCAUGGGGUGAGGCGGAAUGGGGUGAGGAGGAAUGGGGUGAGGCGGAAUGGGGUGAGGAGGAAUGGGGUGAGGAAGAAUUUGGUGAGGCGGAAUGGGGUGAGGCGGAAUGGCGUGAGAUGUGGGAUGGGGAGAUGUGGAUGGGGAGAUGUGAUUGGGGAAAUGUGGGAUGGGGAGGUGAGGGAUGGGAAGGCGGAAUGGGGUGA